AUGUGGCUCAUAGAUGGCUCCACUAAACUUCACGCCUCACCGCCCGUCAAAUUCUGCCCCACCAUGGCAAGCGGAGCGAAAACAAACAACCGAGUUACGAAUCAAGAAGCAGCCGCCGCCAAGAUGACGAUGGAUAUUGUGAAGGCGAACUCCGCCGAGGAGGAUGAGCAAAUCAUUAAGCCCCAGGCUUCUACGCCCGCCGUGGAUACUAGCGACUGGCCUCUUCUUUUGAAGAACUACAGCAACCUCCUCGUGCGAACCGGGCAUUUCACCCCGAUCCCCCACGGUUGCGCUCCUCACAAGCGCGACAUCAAGUCCUAUAUCCAGAGUGGUGUUAUCAACCUGGACAAGCCCUCGAACCCUUCGUCCCACGAGGUCGUGUCCUGGAUCAAGCGCAUCCUCAGGUGCGACAAGACUGGUCACUCGGAACUGUAUGAUUAUCGCCUGUUGGACCCCAAGGUCACCGGUUGUCUGAUUGUUUGCGUUGACCGCGCCACUCGCCUCGUCAAGUCCCAGCAGGGUGCUGACCUUGACUGGUGCCCUCUUCCAAAGGCCCCUUUGAUCUCUGCCGUCAAGCGUCAGCUCCGUAUCCGAACCAUUCACAAGAUCGACCUCAUCGAGUUCGACAACGACCGUGGUCUCGGCGUGUUCAGCGUCUCUUGCGAAGCUGGUACUUAUAUCCGAACUCUCUGUGUCCACCUCGGUCUUCUUCUCGGUGUCGGCGCGCACAUGCAGGAGCUCCGUCGUGUCCGCUCCGGUGCCAUGGAUGAGUCCAAGAGCAUGGUGACGCUCCACGAUGUCCUCGAUGCCCAGUGGCAGUACGACAACACCCGGGAUGAGACCUACCUUCGCAAGGUCAUCAUGCCCCUUGAGUCUCUCCUCUGCACCUACAAGAGGCUAGUGGUCAAGGACAGCGCUGUCAACGCUGUCUGCUACGGUGCCAAGCUCAUGCUUCCCGGACUUUUGCGAUACGAAGAUGGUAUCGAGCACCACGAGGAGAUUGUUCUCAUGACUACCAAGGGUGAGGCCAUCUGCUUGGGUAUCGCCCAGAUGUCGACCCUCGAGAUGUCCACCUGCGACCACGGUGUUGUCGCCAAGGUCAAGCGUAACAUCAUGGAGCGUGACCUCUACCCCGCCGCUGGGGCCUCGGCCCUACCGCGAUGGAGAAGAAGAAGCUCAAGGCGGAUGGCAAGCUUGACAAACCCCGUUGCGGACGAUGCCGACUCCAAGAAGAGGAAGAAGGAGGCCGAGACCCCCGACGAGAAGGCGGAGAGGAAGCGAAGGAAGGCGGAGAAGAAGGCCGUCAAGGAGGCCAAGAAGGCUGCCAAGGGCAAGAAGGACGACUCGGACAGCGACUAA